AUGGCGAACACGGCGUGCCAAAUCUGCCUGGACACCAUCGAAAGUGGAAACGAGCUCGUCACAAACGUCUGCGGGAAGAGCUGCAGCGCCCAGGUCUGCACGCAAUGCAUGGGCCGUCACGUUGACGUGACGCUGCAGCAGUUCUACCCUGGAGUGCUGCCUCGUGUGCGCUGCCCGAUCUGCCUGGUCGAAAUCCACGAUAGCCGAUGGAAGACCCGCGUCCCCAGUGACCUCAAGACCCCGUUGACGACCAAGUACAGCGAGUUGUGCCGCCAGGCCUGCGUCGUCACGCCUCCGUGUUGCCACAAAACGGACUACACACACCUUCCACUUUAUAACCCGGAGCGGAGGAUUGAAGGUUCGCUCACGCUGCUGCCGUCGCAGCUCGCACACUUCCAGAGUCUGUGCAAGCAGUUCUGUCGGCACAAAGGAGAACCUCGUGCAGUUCUGAACUACGCUAUGGACACAUUCGGGGAGGAGAAGACCCUGGUCCUCGUGAACGCGUUGACAUUGCCGCGGAUCGAGGACCCCGAGCGGCGCGCCACGUUGCUGCUGUCGCUGAUGUACCUGCGGCCGAACACCAAGACGAACUGCUGCGGAGCCGACUUCUGCUUCAACUGCAAGCGCCGAGGCCACCACGAAACUUGCGUGGAGGAGUUCGACGAGGACAACGACCUGGUGCGCUGUCGUACGUGCCGCGCUCUGCUCCUGAAGGUCGACGGCUGCGACUCAGUGAAUUGUGUGUGCGGAUUUUUCAUGAACUGGGCACAGGAGCGCAGCCUUCGGCAGCAGCACAAGAAAAGGUUGCUGCCGGUGGAUAUCUUCGACAUCCCGCUGACAGACGAGUGGCUAUACUUCCGUGAACGUCUGGCGGAAGUUAUGAAGAAGCUGUGGUUGCAGAAACAUAUCGUACUUGCACUGCGACCUCUGCUGCACUCGAGGUUUUCCUGCUACGUUUGGCGAUUCCGGUUUCGCAAGAGUCUUGCAAUCAAGUUGAAAGAUGCUUGUGAAGUGAGGCGUCUCAAGAUCCUCAACCAAGAUAUUGCGGCAGUUAAGGGUGUUCUACGGGCGGCUGUAGCUGCGCACGUUUGGCGUCGCCGAUUCAGUAAGAUCUUGCGCGUCGCGCAGCCCGAGAUGUACUGGAAGGCCUACCACCGCUGGCACGCAGAAGAACUCGAGGACGAAGCCGAGGAGGUGAACAGCUUUUUCAGAAUUGGCGCAUUCGACGACGAAUAG